AUGGAGGAGUUUACCGGAUACGAAAAAUUUACAACGACAGAAAAAGGAGAAAUAGAAAAAAAAAUAACAAUUUUACAAAUUUUAAUAAAAUUAUUUAAAUUUUUAAGAGUUUGGCCGAUCGAUGAUAAUGAUAAUAAUAAUAAUUCUCGCAGUAAAUUAAUAAAUAAUGGUAUAGCAUGGAUUUUUUUCGCAUCAUCUGGUUUGGUCAUAUUAAGUUUCGCAGUUGAAAUUAUAUUGUAUUACGAAGGUUUAAAUAAAAUCGUCGGCGUUAUAGAUUACGGCACUGCUUGCAUAUCCGCACUUUUUCGUAUCAUGCAUUUUUAUUUUAAUAACGUUAAAUAUAAAAAAAUGAUCGAUAAAUUAUUAAAUAAUUUUCUUUGUCGUCCCAUUUUUUCACGGGAGAAAACUGAUUCCGUGGAUUCGUAUUAUUACCUGGCAAAAAAAGUAAUGGUCACGUAUUCGUCUGUUACAUUCGUUUGGAUUUUAUAUUUUUUAAUAAGUCCGAUAUUUAAAUGGAUGGGUACUUUUUUAUUAUCAGGCAUAAACGGUGAAGAUUUACCCUUUCCCAAAAUUCUACCCGGGUAUUUUCCGAUGGAUACAUCCAAACUAUCCGGAGGAAUCAUUUUUUACAUAUGGCAAGGAAUACCCAUUUUUUUACUCGUUGUCGUGUACGUAAGCGCGGAUUGUUUCUGGUACCUCAUAAUAAUAUUAACGAUAGGACAGUUUAAUAUACUUAAAUUAAGUAUAGAAUCCGUGAGUGAUAGUAUUAACGAUGAGAAAAUAGACGGGGAAGAAGAUUUUAUGCCGUUGGAAAAAAAUAAAAUGAUACAAGUCGAUAUGAAAUUGAGAAAAUGUUUAAAAUUUCACGGGUUUUUAACGGAAUAUGUUUGUUUGAUGGAUGAUCUAUUGAAUAAAUCCGUUAUGGUUGAUUAUCUUCAUGCAAUUAUAUCCAUAGCAUUUUUAUUAUUAGACGUAACAAUAAACUUAACUUCCGGUGUUUGGAGUAAAUUUUUAUCAACAGCAUUAUUUUUAGCUUUAUCAAUUGCUCACAUGUUCAUAUUCGAUUGGAUGGGACACACUUUGGCACAAAAAGAAAAAGAAAUAAGUCUGACUAUAUACGAUUUACCCUGGUACAGGUUUUUAUCACAAAAACAUAAAAUAAUUUUAUGUGAUUUCAAAUCUAAAAACCCACAUAGAUUAACCGGAGGAAAAACUUUUAAACUUAGUUUAGAAUUCUUUACAAAAACGAUGAGAAUAAUAUUUUCAUAUUUUACAUUUUUACUUCAAAUCAGAGACGAAAAAUAA